UAUGUUGUGCUAUUGUACUUGCGGUGGCCAUUGUUCCCCUGCCGACAUUAAUAUUAUUGCUAUGGAGUCCCGAGACAAGCCCGUGGAACAGCGGCGACGACCGUUUUCUCUUUUCUUCUAUCAUUUAGCACAUUGCGCUCGCCGAUGAGCAAGUUUCGUGAACACCUCUCACUCACUCUGCCGCCUGGCCACCUCGACCUCCCUGUUGAGCAGUCCAAAUUCUCCCCAGCAUCGACAAUAGACCCGUCACCGCGAUAUUCAGAGUCCAUGCGGAAUCCGUUUCACCCGCUGUCCCCGAAGGAUGUCGAGGCGGGGACCCCCCAGUCGUCCUCAAGCUUGCGUGACAGAUUUACCAAGCUCUUCUUCGACCUUCGAACGAUUCAUAACGUGGUGCCUGCUCGAGUUCAGGACUCGCGUUUAUCUCAGUGGCCACCGCUCAACGUCGAGAAGCGGCGAUGUACAUGUCAACACGAUCCUCGUCACGAAGCGAAGAAGAAGAAACGCAAGCGCAGGUCGCGGUGUCUCUUGAUUCUGCUGAUAAUCAUUCUUCUCUUCUUGAUUGGAAACGUAAUCUACUUGAACGUCCGCGUCCUCUCCCUUGCAUCUUCCUUAUCUCAGAAUCCAACGACUCAAGUGCUCUCCGCGGACGCUCUCCAAUGUAUAUCACAAUACACACUGAACGCACCCUCAUCACCCUCCUCCUAUCCCUGUUCAAGUUGCUUGCUAGCUCUCCAGGGCGUUCCUUCUUCGUUUAUGUCAAAUUCUGCCAACGCCCAAGAUGCUCAGACAAUAAACAACGUUGUUCAGUUCUGCAGCCUUCGUGCGGUAUACGAAACAGCGAGUGCACAGGGUCAAACUACCCUUGGUAAUGGUAGUUGGUCGCAAAACCUUAACUUCUGCACUUGGACAGGCGUCACAUGUGAUACUUCUGGACGUGUUUCCUCACUAGCACUGACGUAUCCUGGUGUACCUGCUACACUUCCUAAUGAGAUUGGCGCGCUUUCGGACCUUCAGGUCUUGACCGUAGUUGGAGGAAAUACGAUACCUGCUGGCUCUCUUCCAGAGUCUUUCGUAAAUCUCACUGCCAUGACCACUCUUCAUCUAGAGUCAACCGCCAUUACCGCACUCCCAGAUACGCUGUUCUCUUCCCCAGGGUUGACAAACAUAUCUACCUUGGCUCUAUUACGCAACUCAGAUAUGGGCACAUCCCUGCCCACCAGCAUCACCGAGCUAACGGGAUUGCACAGCCUGCUCGUCAACUCACAGGUCUUAUCUCCAUCGCCGCUGUCUACUAUAGUGAACUCCUCUACGCUCGCUGCCUCUCUACAGACUCUUGAUCUCACUUCAACGUCGUUAACCGGGACAAUCCCAACUUCCAUCUCGUCUUUCAAGAAUUUGACGCAACUCUUACUGAGUUCUAAUAACCUCACUGGCACUGUGCCAGCCAUGCCAAGCACACUCAAGGUGCUCCAACUUGGCGAGAACUCAGCCCUAACUGGCGCUUUUGCCUGCAGCGUCAACACGUUACAAACGUGCAAUGUUGCAGGAACAAACGUCUCCGUCGCCGGGUGCGGUGUAUGCCAGAACGCAACGAUGACCUCGUAAUUUGCGAUACAUCCAUGGAUAAUGUCGUCCCCAAGGUUAACUUGCCCUACGACAGACACUGCAUACGGACACAUUAUGAUCUACGAAAUAUCACUCAUACGUGUAGCAUAAUUGUCGAUUGUUCCACUCCCUCCUUCUACUGUUUUAUUGUCGUACCACUUGAUGACUUUCUUAUGUGACAUCCAUCAAUAGCUUCGGCCCGUAUAUUUCACCCGUAGUGUAACAGGUAUAUUUGGAUUUGCUAUCAGAUAACCUGCAGUUCAAUCGAUGAUGGGCUUUUCUUCGUGG